AUGGAUUCUCAAGGUGCCACACUCCCUCCUCAUGUACUCAUUUUUCCGGUGCCAAUUCAGGGCCAUGUGAAGUCCAUGCUCAAUCUAGCCGAACUCCUCUGUCUUUCUGGCCUUGACAUUACAUUCAUGGUCUCUGAUUUCAGCCACAACCGCCUCCUCAAGCACACCACAGUCGUUUCGCGUUUCAAGCAGUACCCUGGGUUCCGUUUCCAGUCCAUCACCGAUGGGCUUCCUGAUGACCAUUCUCGAGCUGGCCAGGAAGUCAUGGAUCUCCUGCCUUCUACCAAAAACAUAACGGCACCACUAUUUAAGCAGAUGAUGGUUGAGAAGAACUUAUUCGCCUCUGAAACCCGAAGGCCAGUUACUUGCAUCAUAGCUGACGGGUCCCUGCCGUUUGUCGGUGAUUUUGCUUUAGAGAAAGGGAUUCCCCUCAUAUAUUUUCGUACUAUUAGUGCUUGCUCCUUUUGGGCUUAUUUUUGUAUACCUGAACUCAUUGAAGCCGGUGAAAUUUCCGUUGAAGGUGUCCACUCUCUUUCCUGA